CUGACAAGUUGACGAUUAAGUGAGAUUGACUCACUUGGUCGUCCGUCAUCGAAAUCACAGAUCCGUUGCGAAGAUGGCGCCGAAGUUCGACACGGAGAAGAUGCAGGAGCGACAGAACUUCCGUAACGUCUGGCACACGGAUCUCACUCACUCCAUCCAGGGCGAUACUCCCUAUUGCUGUUUCGCGUUGUGGUGUGCCCCUUGUGCAUCAUACUUGCUUCGCAAGCGUGCGCUUUACAAUGACAUGUCAAGGUACAUAUGCUGCGCUGGUUACAUGCCGUGUAGUGGCAGGUGUGGAGAAACCAAAUGUCCUCAACUCUGUCUUGCCACUGAGGUCUUUUGCUGCUUUGGAACAUCUGUGGCCUCGACUCGUUUCCUUCUGCAAGAUGAGUUUCAAAUCCAGACCACACAAUGUGACAACUGCAUCAUUGGAUUUAUGGUUUGCCUAAGCCAAGUGGCUUGCAUAUUCUCCAUAGUUGCAUGUAUCGUCGGCAUUGAUGAGCUUUCUGAAGCUUCUCAGUUGCUCUCUUGCUUCGCUGACAUGGUCUACUGCACGGUUUGCGCUUGUAUGCAGACACAACACAAGGUGGAAAUGGAUAAGAGAGAUGGUAAGUUCGGUCCACAACCAAUGGCUGUGCCUCCUCCUCAGGUUAUGUCACGGAUUGACCAAGCCACUCCACCCGCUAUCGGUUACCCUCCACAAGGUUACCCACAACACCCUCCACAAGGUUAUCCACCUUCUGGGUACCCUCAAAACCCUCCAGCUUAUCCUCAAUACCCUCCUGGCCCAGCUUAUCCUCCUCAAGGUUACCCAAAGUAAUCACUCUAUGACUGGUUGGAAUAUUUUUAUUUCAUCUUUCUUUUGUGUUCACUUUCACGUCGUUGGUAUAUUAUGCUGUGUGUGCUGGUCAAAGUGUUUUGAGGUCAUUGUUUGGUGUGUUUACGACUUUACCUCAGAAUCAUGUUGUUGUUAUCUGAGACGUCCCUCUUGGACUGAGACAUUUGAUGAGUUUUUUCUUUUCUUUUGAAUUCUCUUUUGGAGAGUACAGUCCAAAUAUACACGUUUAUUUCUCUAAAAUCUAGUUUCAAUAGAUAAAAU